AUGUUUGUUACGAAAAGGCUCUCCCGAGGUGACCUUGCCAAUCUCAUUGGCAAAGACGAUGCUCUGCGCAAAGAGAUAUGCACUGGAGUCACGACAAAGGCUGAUGGCAUGUUCCUUCUGGCAAAGCUACAUGUGGAUCUACUGGCCCAGACUAUAAGUCGCGGUAGGCUCCGAGAAGAACUGGGUAAACUGCCAAAAACAAUAAAUGGCAUGUUUGAUAAGGCACUUACUGAGAGAGUGAAUAAGCAGGGAGAUGAUAAGAAAAAUCUUGCGCAUGCGAUUAGGGAUGUGCACCGUAUCCGUAGUAUGGUGGUUACGUACGGUGUAUACGGAUACGGAUAUCCAUCGUCGUCGUCAAAGUGUCCGUAUACGGACAACGCCUUUGCCAGGCGCCCUUUGACUGUGUUGGAGCUGUGGCAUGCAUUGGCUUUGCAAUGGGGUACAGAACCCUUUGAGCCCGACAACCUCUGUGACAUUAACAUUUUGGGAAAUGUCUGUGCUGGACUUGUUGUCAUGGACGGGACAUACAGAAGCUCAGGUCCUUUUCAAAAGCUGAAGAUGAAUUUGCUAGAUUAUACAGUGCAGGAGUAUUUUAUAUCUCAACAAGACAGACUUUUCCCUGACAUCCAAAAGCAAAUUACACUCACCUGCCUGAUGUAUAUGCGUAACCCUGCCCUUCACAUAUUCCAACCACUCCCACCGAAACCCAAUUCCAGGGCCAAUUCCGGGGCCAAUUGCAUACAUUGUCAUAGGUUCCGUGGCAUUCAUGACCAAAAAUUAAUUGAAGAGUAUCCGUUCCUCGCCUACUCACCUGUUUUCUGGGUAUAUCACGCUCACGGAGCAGUGGAACGUUUGUUGGAAGAUGAAAUCAUUGCAUUCCUCAGUGUAGCACGUCAUAGACAAGUUGCAAACACUUUCCGAAAGGCAACAUCGAAUCCCGGCCCAGACUACACGGCACUUCACUCUGCAGUGCAUUAUGGUUUGGUGCACAUCAUGAAGGUUCUUCUGGACCGAAGAAGGCCCGAUCCUCAUGAACCUGAGGCAGUGAAACUGCUCCUGUCACGAGGCGAUGUCGACUUCAAUCAGGCUGACCCGGAGACAGGACGUACACCACUCAUGGAGGCAGCACGUGAAGGUCAUGAAGAGAUGGUCAAGGCGAUCUUGGACUUCAGAGAGUCAGCAUUAUUCCGUACCAUUUAUGAUGCUCAUCAAGGAGUAUUUGGGACCUUGCCUGCGACAACUGGUAUCAAUGCUGCUUUGAAUAACAAAGGAGCCGAUUCCCCACUUCCCAUUGCUAUGCAUUAUACCCGGUCUGACACACCCUUGGGACGAGUUGAUCCAGAUGCCCAGUCACCUUUGACGCAAUGGACACCCUUAUUUUAUGCCGCAGAAUCUGGGCACCCAAAUAUCAUUGAGAUGCUAUUACAGACAGGUCAGGUUGAUGUGAAUAGGAGGGACCACGAGGGACAUACCGCCCUUAUGGUUGCGGCUUAUUACGGAAGAACAUCAGCUGUCAAAGCCUUACUGGCAAGCGCAAGAAUUGAUAUUAUGGCAAAAGACGAUAGUGGUAUGACUGCAUACUAUCAUGCAGGUCGUGGUAGAUGGUCAGGGGGGGAUCAUGAGACGGUAGUAGUACUUCUCGAAGAAAAAGGAGCUGUGGUUAAGGAUGGUGAUUAUCAACCUACCUAUCUGACGACUGCCUACCUUCCCAAUGGGCAAUUAUAGCGUAAAGUAGAUGUUACGACAUCUCAG